AUGUCUCAGCUGAACAAUAAAGACCUUUGGUCACCGUCUCCGUAUUCCGGAUUAUCUUACAAACAAGUGUGGUUAUACCGAAACGAAAAUAAACAAACAGUGUUUGUUCUAUCCCCACCCAUCACUUCAUGGGAUAGUGGAGUAAGUGCUUUGAAAGAUGCCCUUAAAUUAGAAGCCACGGUUACUAAAAAAAUCAGAGACGUCAUUAGAGUAUGCGAAGAUGCAACCAACUACAACGAUUACCAUCUCGUUGAUUACUUAACUGGCGAUUUCCUCGAAGAACAAUACCACGGACAAAGAGAUAUUGCAGGAAAAGUGUCCAAUUUGGAAAAAUUGAUGGCGAGUCAUGGAAAACUUGGAGAAUGGCUGUUCGAUAAGAAGCUCCAAGGUUUAGAUAUUGUUUAAAUAUAGUCUGUAGGACAAGUUUGAAAUUAUAGAAUUUACACCAUUUUUUUUUGUAAUAUAGUUGUCAUUCCCAAAA